AAGCUGAGUGAUAAAAAAAGAAAACUACAAAAAAAAAAAAAACUGAGGUAUACUGACAAAAAAUAACAGUGUACGUUCUGUUUUGAACAAUUAGACGGUGCGGCUGGUGGCGAGAUGGCACUAAGCUUGCCGUCCUGGUCUUCUGAUGCGGGACGGAGCUUUGGCCAAGGUUGUCACAGGUGUAGCUUGAGUCUCUCCCACUCCAGUCCAGACAAAGUGAAGGUUAACAAAGAACUCAGCCUUCACUAGACGAGAUUUACCCACGGUCCCUCUAUUCACCAGACAGUUCAGUGGUACGAGGAGGCUCUUUGUCAUACAGCAGUCGAGUGUACCGUGGAUUGUGACUAGAACGUAUAAGGAAACCCGUGAACAUCACCUGGUUUGCCACUCAAGGUCCACAGUUCCUGAAUUUACCAGACAGUUCAGUGGUACGUUUCUGAACAGGAGGUGGCGCUCUUAUCACAAAGCAGUCAAGUAUAUUUUGGCUUGUAACUAGAACAUAUAAGAAAAACCCGUGGAUAUUACUUGGUUUGCCACUCACUCUCCACAUUCCAUACAUUUACCAAACAGUUCAGUAGUACAUUUUCUGGGCACGAGGUGGCUUUGGAUCUUACAGCAAGUGUAUUCUCGAUUGUAAUUAAACUUUAGACAUCAACUUUUUUGCCACUCUUUGUCCACAGAUAGACAUUUCAAUUUUGCGUUUAUGGACACAGCGUGGUUCCUUUUGUCUUUUUACGAUCAAGGGCUUUCUCGAUUUUGACUUUCACGUGUAAGGAAACCCGUGUACAUUAUCUCUAUGGUGUUGCUGGUGCUGUAGUGUGUUACCGUCUGUUGAAGCUCAAGUAAACGCCCCCAUACCCAUUCAUAGUGGUGUGGCAAGCUAACUUUUCUGCGUGGUAGUGAGAGAAUCUGCCGUGCAUCACUGGACACGCGUCGGAUCUUUUGUCACAAGUAUAGUCUCUAUUGAACAUACAGUAAAGCUACUAUUGAUGCGGCCAGCUGACUUUCUCUCCGUGUGGUAGUGCGGGAACCUGUCGCACUUUACUGGACACGCUUCGAAUCUCUUGUCACACUGCAGUUUAAGUAUAAUCUCUGUUGAACCUAAAUAAUACCCGUUCAUAGUGGUGAAAAUCUGAAGUGCGUUACUGGACACGAGGCGGAUCUUUCGUCACACUGCGGCCAAAUACUAUUUCUAUUGAACCUGAAGUAAAGAGCCUCAUACCCGCCAGCUCCUAGUGGUGUCUGCCGCCUCUCAUCAUGGAACCUGCCAAGAUCUUACGAAUCAUCACUAACCACACGCUGCUCGCCACGAGAUUAGCAUCAGGACCAGACGUGUCGUUUGUGGAGUUCUCCCAAACCCGCUACUGCGCCUCUCUUCCCGAGGACAGCCCGCAUGGCGCCUCCGUGGCCACCGUGUUCGCCUCCCACUCUGACGACGAGGACGUGCGGUACAGUAUCACGGGCGGCAACAGGGACGGCCUUUUCACCAUCGAUCAGCACAGCGGGGUCAUCACUCUUGCCGCGGCGCUGGACUACGAGGUGCUGGAUAAGCAUGAAUUGGUGGUGGUGGCGGAGGCGGGCGGCGAGGCAGCGCACACCAGGGUCCGCGUGAAGGUACGAGAUGUGAACGACAACCCGCCCUACUUCCUUGACCCGCGGCCAUAUGUGACUCUGGUGGAGGAGGAUGACCGCUCCCUGCCAGCCUCCAUCAUCACGGUGGCGGCGGAGGACCCCGACUGGCUGGACCACCACGGGCUGCUGUACACGGUGCGCGGGGACGGCGUGGACGGCUACCAUCCAGACGACGCCUUCUUCUCCGUCAACUCCCUCACAGGCGAGGUGAUCCAACUCAGGUCCCUGGACCGCGACCCGCCCGCUGGCCGCGCCGUGUGGCGGGUGCGCGUGCAGGUGAGGGACGGCCAGGCACUGUGGAGCCGCGAGGCCAUCCACCGCCACCUCGCCAGCAAGGACACCGCCCGACGCAAGGAGAAGGAAAAAGAUGCAAGGAAAACGACUCGGAACUCACACAGAAAACGUGAAUACAUGUCCGGCAGAGGUGACGUCAGCAGCAGGUCAGCCCCCUCAGCCAAGGAGGGAGGACGGGCGCGGGUGAACAGUGUAUUGAGCAGACACCGCACCGAUGCAUUGACCAGGGAACACUUCGGGGCAGACUCGGGUAAAACCAUUAGCAGCCUUAUACGUGGGAAAGACAACUAUUUUGAUAUCGCAAAAGAACCUUAUUUUGAUGUGAUGGUGAACGCCGGGCCUCGAUGUACAUCAAGUGUGAGUGACUGCAAGAAUAAUUUGACUUCCCAGACGUACUCGGGUAAGGGAGAGGCGCCGAGUACCAAGGGCGUGUCCAGAAAGUCUCACAGGUUGUUGCGUCGGUACCGUGGAAAGGUGAAGGCGUGGAGACAGAAGCACCUGGCAGGCACCUCAACCAUAUGGCGGGUGAGGCGGUUCAUGGAGGAGGAAGCUGAAGGAGGCGAAGAACUGAAUAAGUGUGAUGACAGUAUAGACGACGAAGGGGGACCUGAGGACCUGCCCGGCGAGGAGGACCUUCAUGGCCUGGGCAGCUCGCGGGUACACGUGGCGGAAACCGUGGUGACCUUGACUCUCAAAGACAUCAAUGACAACGCACCGGAGUUCCCCAACGCCACCAUGUUUGGACAGGUGCAGGAGAAUGGCCCGAUUGACCUGUCAGUGGCGGUGGUGGUGGCCAGGGAUGCAGACGACGCCUUGGAGGGUGACAAUGCGCGCGUCACGUACUCCAUCCAGAAGAACGCUUUCCACGAGACCACAGGAGAUCCCAUUUUCACAAUUAACCCGGAGACUGGCCUUGUGCGGACGGCCACGUGUUGCCUAGACCGCGAGACCACGCCCCAAUACCAGGUGCUCGUGGCGGCCAUGGACGGCGGCGGCCUGCGGGGAACUGGCGUGCUGGUGGUGCGGCUCACGGACGUCAACGACAACUCUCCGCAGCUGGAGCAGAAGCAAUGGGAGGUGGACGUGGACGAGACCUGGGGUGUCGGCCCGCCAGACAAUAUUUCUCUCCUGGAGGUGUCUGUUCUUGACGUGGACACCUCUAACUACUUUUUUUACAGAGUGGUGGAAGACAGCGGCUGGGGUUGGCAGCUCUUCUCGGUGCGGUCGGUGGGCGCCGUGGGUGAGCUGUACGCCCUUCAAACUCUGGAUUACGAGGACGAAACUCACCGGCGAGGUUUCAAGUUCAUGGUACAGGUGACAGAUCGGGGACGCGGUGGAUGGGACGACAGCCGUCACGUGGAUACUGCCUGGGUGUCUGUCCACUUGAAAGAUGUCAAUGAUAAUCCACCACAGUUUUCCCGCACCCACGCCCACGUCAAAGUGAGGGAAGACGCAGCUCUGGGCACCCUGCUGGCCUCCAUUCCUGCCCACGACCCGGACAUGGGCGGAGAGCAGAAGGUGCAGUACCACGUGGAGGGAGGCUGGGAUGUGCUUGCUGUCAACGCAGUGGGAGGAAUAAUCCUGCGAGGGGCCCUGGAUCGUGAGGGUCCGGGGGGUACCAUCGGAGUGGCCAAGAUCUUAGGCGUGGACCGUGGCACGCCGCCCCUCACGGCCACCGCCACACUCACCAUCACCCUUACAGACGUCAACGACAGCCCUCCUCUCCUCCUGCCCCCAGUUACCUUCCACGUGACGGAGGACGCGGCACCCGCCCGUCUGGGGGUCCUCACUGCCACUGACGAGGACGUGUGGGCACUGGGACACGGCCCGCCCUUCACCUUUUCCCUGGCCUCAUCAAAUCCACAGUACAUCUUUGAUCUUAUGUCUCUGCAGUUUGAUCCACAUCUGGACAGUGGCCGCGGCGGGGCAGAGCUAUGGACACGCGCAGCUGUGGACAGGGAGGAGCACCCUCAGCUGGUGGCAGCGGUGCGCGUGGCCGACGCCCGGGGUCUGGCGGCCACUCAUCCUGUCACAGUCAUCAUUAGCGAUAUCAACGACAACCCGAUGAAGCCAGCUGCUAAGACCACCUACCUAUGGAGGACUCAGCGGGGCGGGGCUGAGGCGCCGUUGGGCCGAGUGUUCGUCCAAGACCCUGAUGAUGGUGAUGUAGCCGAUAAGACCUUCCGCUGGGUAGGCAGCCCGCACCCUCUCUUCACCCUUGACUCUCACACCGGUGACCUGCUGGCCUCUAGUCACAUCAGAGAAGGAAAAUACGAUUUGCAUUUUUUCGUGAGCGACCAGCGGUGGGGCCACCGUGACGUGUCUGCCAACGUGACGGUGGAGGUGCGGAUGCUGAGUGUGGAGGCAUUGUCCCACGCCACGCGCAUCACUCUCACGCCCACCACCCCGGAGCGCCUCGCCAGGGGAUGGAACCCACAUGAGGGUGGGGGUGGACUUGGGCGGUUGGUUACCGGCGUGGCGAAAGCGAUGGGCACGAAUGCCGAUGCAGUGGAAGUUGUCAGUGUGCACAGCUGUCCUCAAUCUCGCGCCUCCUCACGCAGGAGAGCAGCGGCCAGCACCAGCAGCCUCUCUACCUGCGUCUGGAUGAGUGUACGGGAAGCUCAUGGCACAUAUAUGAAUCCUAUCAAGUUUCAAGGACUCCUGGCUCUCCACAGUGUGCAGGUAGAAGCAAUGACCAAUCUCACCAUACUGACUGAAGGGCCCAGUAUAGCUGCAGAAGGUGAUGUGGAGCACUUCAUGCACCACUUCUCUCUCCCUUCCUUCCACCACAAUGGGGCUCCCGAUCCAUCGUCUGCAGCCUCCACAACUCUUCCACUCCAGGUAGUGGACACAAAUUCCACCUCACUGGUGACACCACGUCUCAGCCGUAGCCACGACUGCCUUGUGCCUGAGUCUGGAACGUGUCUGUCCGUCCCUUGCCUCAACGGUGGCCGCUGCUUUGGUUCACACUUGGAGAAAAGGUGCAUCUGUCCUGGGGACUCUUGGGGGCCUCGGUGCAAGGUGUUGAGUCGCACCUUCACCGGCAGUGGCUGGGUGUGGGUGAGGCCACUGCCACUGUGCCUCCCCACCACCAUCUCUCUCCAAAUACUCACUCGACAAACACAUUCACUCAUCAUUUACUCAGGACCCCUGGGCUCCCAUCAGCGUCAAUCAAGCAACUCACCAACUCCCAUGUUGGCCUUACAGUUGUGGGAGGGGCAUCCCCAGUUACUGGUUGAAGGUGGACUGGAACCCAUAAAGCUUGAGGUCACUGCUGUAGUCAGUGAUGGAGAAUGGCACACCAUUCACCUCAGAUUUGAUUAUAAGGGUGUAGUGCUGGCUGUGCACCCAUGUGGCCGUGGUUGGCUCAGUGCUUCGCAGGAUGAUGACCACUGCAUGGCAAGAGUUUCCUGGACCAGCCCAUUCAACAUAAAGGCCUGGCUGGCAUCUUGGCCCCUGCAGGUGGGUGGUUUGGCGCACACGACACCCAGUGCUGCCUACCACAGCUGGAGGGAGGCUCCAACACCAAACCCACUUGAUGGCUGUAUCUCACAUCUUACUCUUAAUGGUCAGCUGGUGGACUUGGGCGAGCCGGCCUUUAGUAAGGGCAGCCAGAAGGGUUGCCGCCCACAGGAGAGUGCUUGCCCUACAAGUUGUGGCUACAGAGGAUGGUGCGAGGGUGGCUUCAAUCAACCAUACUGUGAAUGUCAACCAGGAUGGAUGGGCCGUAGCUGUUCCACCCCCACAACCACUUAUGCCUUGGGACCACACUCCUCUCUGAGCAUGGCACUGACCUUCACACUGGCUCCUGAGUCAUUAACCAUGCAACUCCGAAUACGAACCACUGACAUCCACAGCCGGCCUCUGCUGCGCCUCAGUCUCCCUCAGGAAGAAGUUAAUUUUUCCAUUCAUCUGAGAUCUGGCCUUGCAUGUGCAACUGUUUCUGGGAUGGGACAAAAACUUAAUACUGUGUGUGUUGAGGGUCGUCCUGUUGGAGACGGCGCCUGGCACACAAUCAAGGCAGAGCAUCACGGCCAUUAUCUGGUGGUGUCUGUUGAUGACGGUGAUGGAUGGCGACGCAAUGAGUCAAUGGGGAGGCUGUUGUCAAAUAACCAACUUCAGCCACUGUCACUAUUUGAGGAGGACCAGCAGGAGCUCCACCUGGUAGUUGGCAAUCCACAGGAGCAGACGGAAGAUGACUAUGUUUCUAUUCUAAAUCUUUCAACAAUCUGCCUGGAUGAUUUGCGGGUGUCAGGCAAACAGUUACAACUUCCACCAACCAUGAACAGCACAUCAUGGGGCUACGUCACCACCUGGCAGGGAAUUGAGCCUGGGUGCCCCACACCAGAUGCCUGUUCCAAUACCACGUGUACUCCUCCUCUUACAUGCAUCUCUUCUUGGGGCACACCCACCUGCAGAUGCAAAUCAGGCCAACAACUUUUGGGUCACAGCUGUGAAGACAUCAAUGAGUGCCUGUGGCAACCCUGCCUGCAUGGAGGGGCCUGCCAUAACCUUCAGCCAGGGUUCCGGUGCAUCUGUGAGCCAGGACACUCUGGAGAGUUCUGUCAGUGGACUGAGUUGCCUCCUGUUGGUUCAGGUCUCACUGCCCCGCUGGUCAUUGCUGCUAUUUCACUUUCUGUGCUUUUCCUUGUGGUGUUAGCCCUGCUGGUUUCACUGCGGCUCCGACACCAUCGCCUGAUGCGAGCUUCUGCCCAGCAAGGAGACAAGAAGGGCACCAUUACGGAGAUCCCAGAGAGUUCUACUGAAGACCUUGAUACAUCCACUGACCAUCAGCUCUCAGUAAUUGAAUGUGUAGAACUUACACCGGAUACAAAGAAAGGUAGCAAACAUAAAAGUUGUAUGGAGACUCCACUGGCAGCAGCCCCCCCAGCCACAGCAGUGACACCAGGAGGACCUGUCAAUGCCUUGCCUGAUGCAACACCUGCCAAGGAUGACCUAAGAGCUUAUGCCUAUGAAGGGGAUGGCUCCUCUGCAGGAUCACUGUCCUCUGCACUGGCAGGUGACAAGACACCCUGUUUGCCAUCUGCCAUACCAGAAAUAGGUCUUAAGGAAGAACCACCAGAUGAAGAUGCCAUUAAACCUCUUGUGACGGAUUUCUUAGAAGUCAUGGAUUUGCUAAAAAACCUUCCAGAGGCGAGUAGAUCCCCCUCUCUUGCCAGGCCUCAGGUACUGGUGGGGGGUGGGGACACCAAGGACGCCACUGGGCAAGAGUGAAUGACUAAGGAGCCUCUGCAGUCUGUCCUGCCAUUAAGCAUCACCACAGUAAUAAGCAUGGUGGCAACACUCAUAACCCGACUAGACUUGAGGCACCAUCUCUCUAGUGAUCCACUGACUCCCCGGGGACUCCUGCUGUUCAUCACUGACCCUUGGUGGAUGUGCACAGUUCCAUUGCUGUCAUAACUGUCAUUAUCACAACCUUCAUUUUUAACUGCAUCUUUCACAUGAAGCAAGGACAGUGGCAACAUAGCAAGCAGUGAAACUGAAAGAAAUAAAAAAGAGAAAAAAAGUUCUAUCUAUUUAUCUAUAUACUAGGCCAGCAAUCCCACAAGGAGUGUCCCAGACAAAGCACCACACUCAUACACACAUCAUUCACAUUCUUAUCUUUACAAGAAAAAAUACGCUAUCAAAAUACUCCACUCAUGAAUUUUCACAACGUUAAAAGCUACAAUGAGACCAAAUAAGUGAUGGCAAAACUCUUGAAACUACUGAGUGACUUGGGAUAUAGAAUGGAUGGAAUCAUAAAUUUAAAUAUGUACAGCCUGAGUGACCUCACUGUCUGGUCAGUUUGUCCCACAUUCAUCCAUGUUAUCCCUCAUGGAAGACUGCUGCAAAACACUCAUCUGUAGGUGCUGUUCUACUGUGUUUCCAUAUUGCCACUGUCACUUGCUCCUCAACCCUCACUCAUUUUUGGCAAUUUAUUAAUCCCCCCAAGGAUAAUCUUGACUAAGUGUAGUACUAACAUCUGGGCAAAAGGCAUGUAUGAGAGUAAAAUAUAUUGAUUUUUGUAAAGAAGAUUAAAAGAAUUACUUGAAUUAGCCCAAAAGUACAAUGAUGCUCCUAGAAAUUAUAAAUGCUUGAUGGGAAUUAUUAGUUAGAUUUCUCCUGUUGUACUAUUUUGUAUAUUUAUAUAUAAAAUGAUCUAAUUA